AUGUCCGCCUCAAAUUCCACCCCAACAUACAGCCUCUCCUCGCACUCCAACCGCUCCUUCCGCACCCUGAAACCGCCGCCGCCCCUCACGAAAGGACAGCAAGACAGACAGGCGAGAAAUAAAGACCCGUUUGCGAGUGAUGAUGAGUCGGAUGAUUCGGAGGGGGGGUGGGGGGGACGGUGGGAUGCGUAUGGAAACGACACCUACGCAAACACACAACUCCGUCGAGACGCGGCUAUUAAGUUAGAUAAUCCGGAGUUGGUGAUGAUGUUGGCACAAUCUAGAAACGAUUCCAUCCCAGCAACACGCAACUACCUCACACGCAUAAUGUGCGGGUUCCUCACCGCUGCCGACAUCGAAGCAGAAGAAGUGGCUGAGAAGGAAGCGGCUGAGGCGAAGAAUCGGGGGGAAGGGGGGAGUGGGAGUGGGAGUAAGGGGUUGGGGACAGCGAGUGGUAGUGGUGGGGGUGGGAGUGGGAAGAAGAAGAGGGUUAGUAGGGGGGUGGAUGAGUAG